AUGGCCACCUUCAAAGCCCUCAACCUCGAAUCCGACGAUGAAGAAGACAUCGAGAUCGACGACACCAAGGAAAUCCAGAUCGAAGAAGCCCUCAAGCUAUACCAAACUGCCCUGAAGUUCCACUCGGACGGUCCUCCUUCCUAUGCACAAGCCGCCGAUGCAUAUCGCGCCCUGUUUGAAUCCGACAUCUUCAAAUACCCAGAGUCACAACAAGAACUGAACCGUCUAGAGCUUUAUGGUCCACAACCAGAGGCAGACGAUUAUUUCGAUCACCACCAAGAACACGUUGUACCGACUGGAGAAAAUGCGCCCAGCACGCUGCCUCAGAUCAUCCAUCUCGCCUACAAGAACCACGGCCAGUUCUUGCUGGAGUCUCUACAACACCAACUGUUGCAUUCGACCCAAGAUGUCCAGCUCAACACCAAACACAUCCUCAAGGCGUCUGCCGCUGCUCUUGAAUGCUUCGUCGAGGCCAUAGACAAGGAUGAUACGGACCUGGACCUGUGGAGACGCUCUGCCGCUGUUGGAGAGAUGCUGGGCAGCCAUCGCAUCGCCCGCUUCUGCCUCGAGGCCGUAUUGGACGACGACGCCCAAGGUCUGGACUCUGUGCUAUCACUACCUGGCAUCUCAGAAACACUGGCUGGUCAGCAACUCCGAGAGCUUGUCGCCAAAUUGCAAGACGAACUUUCCGUACUGCAAGCCCCAUUGUCAACCAUGAAGCGCCGCCAACUGUCUAGCAUGCUUAAGCAGAAGCUGGCCAACUAUUCAGUCAUCCACAACUAUCAAAAGGAACAUGCUACACUGGCCGUCUCGUCACACCAAGCCCUCCGUUGUGUGCUCAGCGCGCCCAAGUCGUGGCAUGAUCUGGGCGACAUCCUGCUACGCCACUAUCUCGCUGAGCAGGCAGGCACUACAUCAGCUCUACCUGGCCUCGGUAUCUCGUUCAACGCCGAUGCCCAGUCUCCGGACGUUGAGCUUAUCGAACCUGAUCAGCCAUCACCUCGUCAAACCUCGGUUCAACCACCCGAGAUGUCUUCGUUGGUUGAAGCUCAGUUCCCUGACACUGAUGGAGGUCAGCCGAAUGUUCCCCCACCUGCUUUCAAGGACUCUGAUAGCACAGAGAGUGCGCCCCAAGCUCCAUCCGUGACAGUUUUGCCGACUCGCAAACGCUCAAGCGACGCUGCUGGCCUAAUUGACAGCAACUCUGCUGAGGGUGCACGAUCAAAAAGCAAGCGUCUGCGUGCCAGAGAGUCAAUCGUCGAUCAGAGCCAGCUAGAAGACGAUACCACGAUGGACCCUGCUCAAGCUGAUGAUGCUUUGGCAGACUUGGACUAUGUCGACAAUCAAUUAUUCGAAUCACUCGACGAGCUGUUCGAGAAAGUUCAUCUACCGAAGUUUGUAAUUUCUCCCAAUGCUCGUAAGGAUUUACGCGAAGCUACGACCAACACGAAUGUGGAACUCCAAGGUGUGGAUCUUGCCUGUCUGGACAUGUACACCUUCCUCAACGACUACUCGGACGAACGAGCACGGGUCUUGCUUAACGCUAACAGCGAUCUUGACACAACUUCCGAUGCUCAUGUCAAGCCGAGUGGUCGAUUCUCUGCCGCCCCUAGUACUCAGUCCCGUAGUGUCGACAAGCCCGAUCUUGACCCUCGUGCAGAGCUCGACCGUUUCACUUCUCAGACGAACUCGGAUUUCCUUCACAUCAACGACGUUCUCUACGAAUGGGUCAUACAAUUUCUACAUCCUGAUCAUGGCAUGCUCGUACGCCCAGAAUUGCCCACCAACACCUCGAGCUACAUAGGUCACACAUGGCCGCAAGAGUUCAAGGCGCUUCUGGUUCGUGUCCUUGUCACGAUGGAUGCCUUCAUUUUUGAGACCCUGUCCGACUUUGUCUUGAAGUGGGAUAAGGUCCUGCUUUCAGAUCCAAACAUUGAGCAGUCAGAUGAUGCCCUUGCAUUCAUCGAGGUCAUCCAAACCCUCUUCGAGCUACAUGUGGACGUCUACUCAUUGGUCAAGGAACCUAAUAGUGGCGUCGAUGCUGACACUGUAGACCUGCAAGAAGACCGUGCCGAGCGCUGGAGUAAUCUUGCACGCGAUGCAAUGAACCUGCGUACUAGCCUACUACGGACACCGAGCUUGAAAGACCAGCUCAACUUGCGCUACUUGUGGACUGUCACUCAUCAUAUCAGUGUGUCAAACAAUAUCUCUCAGGAGCAAGUUAUUGCUUGUUGGUCCGAACUGAGGUUGAUCUUCGAGGCCGUCGGAGGAGCCGUGCUUGAUCUUCCCAAUAACUCCGUCAUGCCGCAGAUGUCGGUCGAAGCUAUUGAUAGAGAACUCUCUAGGCUUACGACACAGGACUUCUUCACCAAGGUUUUUGAUCCUACACAAAAUGAUCCCACCGUGGUUAUUGAAGGCCUCGAACCUCUUCUAGAGACUUUGCACCGGGACAUGCAUAGUGACAGCAUGCCCAGCUCUGAUGGAGAUCUCGAACCUGCAAAUCCUGCCUCAACCCCAUCUGAACUUUUGAACUUUCUGAAAAACAGCAACAUCGGCAUGCAAGUCUCUCUCUGGCAACGACUUCGCGAGGCAUACGAAACGAUUGAGUACCAACCCAUGGUCGUAUGCUGCUAUUUCCGCGUUAUUGAGCUUCUCCUUACGGACCUCAAGUCAUCUACUUACUCUGACAAAUCUGUGAACGAGCGUCAGACUGUAUUGCUGAAGUAUGUGCGUCUCAUCAACGAUCUUGUCGGAAAGAUCAGUGCCUUGAUCAUCUCCAAUUCUGAUGCUUUGGAUUGUAUGGAUGACGAACGACUCCAAAACGCGACAGGCUGCUUGAUCGAUCUGCAGAAAGUGUUGCAUGCCUCGACAAUGCUACAAGACGAGAUCAAGGUUGGAGCAAAGCAGACACCCUCUUCUAGCAAUGGCGCACCACUCAAGUCGUUCACCACUGUCACAAAGGUCCUUCAAGAAAUGCAGUUACAAUCUUGGACUUUGAUGUACAAAUUCUAUCGAGAAAGCAUAGCUCAGAACAGUGAGAAGGUUGACAAACCGCAUGAGUCCUUGUUCGAAUAUCUAAGAGCUGUUCACCAAGUGCUGGGAGCUCGAAGCAUAUGCGGCGGAUCAGAACGGAUUUUCCUCAAACUCGCAAAGUCAGAAGUGCUUCGCUUCCGGAGCGAGUCAGAAGAGCAGAACGAUGACUUUGACCUCGAGUUCGCUCAAAUUCUCUAUGAUAUGUUUGGUCUCAAAUGUUUCCUCAACCCAAGUUAUGCGCUUAAGGAGCACAAUUGCGUCCAUGAUGCUUUUGUUGACAAGACAUCGGGCAUGCAAGCCGUCGAUCUGUUACUCAACUUGGCUUCCAGGAUCAAGAUGACGGAGCUACCGAAGCAUUCUCUCAAAGACACGAUCGAGAAGGUACAUGGCAUCAUCGGGCGCAAGAAGCCAUCAGAGGCAAUUCUCCGCAAUCGUGAUGUCUAUCGAGGCUUUCUCAAAUCACACAUCAACCCUGUCGAUUUAGCUCAGAAACGCAUUGGACCCACGGCGACCGAGGACCUCAACAUUGCUGUAGCAUUCUUCAUGCAAGCCCUUGAGUACAGUAUGGAUGACUGGGAGCUGUGGUUCCGUUUGGCUCAAGCAUACGACUCCAAAAUCGAAGAAGCUGUCUCGUGGACUGCGGAGAAGCUCAACGGCGACAUGACAGAGCUGAUCGCAUGGCAACGAGCUGCUAUUCACUGCUAUACCAUGGCCGUUGCAUUAGCAAUGCGCUUUGCCGAACCAGGCGCAGACACUCAAGCAAAGUUUGGUGAGAUGUAUGCCGACUUUGCAAUGAGGAUUUACUCUUCAUCCAGGGAGCCGUUCGGCAUGAAGGCUUUUGCGGUUGAUGAUCUUGAGAGAUUCCUCAGUCGGGCGACAAUCACGAAAGUGCCUCCUUUUAAGGCCUUGACUCCUUUCUCUGCCUUCAAGCUUGCUAGAGAGCUCUUUCGUCGUGCUAUUCGCAUCAACCCAAACAAAUGGAAGCUACACUUUUAUCUCGGCAAAUGUCUCUGGAAGAUGUACUGCAACGCGACAAAGGAAACCGAACGACCGAGUAUUGAUGCCAUCAUCAACGAAUUCUGCGAGUCUAUCAACUUAUUACCACGAAAGAAGGACUCUAAGCGCGAGCCGAUCUUGGAACCCCACUACAAGCUAGUCACCGUGGUGCACAAGAUGGUGACAAGACGUUUUGUCGAUGCCGCUGAAGGUUGUAUCAUCCUCACUGCUACGCCGUACGCUGUAAAAGUUGAUCCCGUCUCCGAUUUUGACUCAUGGGAACCUUACAUCCUCAAAGUCCUCAAAAGUCUGCGCGCAGCAGACAAAGUUCAUUGGCACCAUCGCAUGAUCUACAGAACGGCUGCCAUUCUUUUCCAUGAUGGUACCAAAGAGUCAUAUUGCUUGGCAGCGAAACAUGAGCUUAUGCAGCAAAUGUUCACGAAGACCAUGAUGAUGACUGUCUGGAAACCUGAGAACGAGCGCCCUGGUCGUCACUUUGUCUACACCGCACGGUACGCAGACAUGUUCAUCAAGAUUCUCGAGGUUUUGGAAGACCGUUCGUUGCUCGACGCUCUUGCGCGUCGAGUCCGAAAGAAGACAGGAGAAUUCUUUGAGCAUGGCAACCUCUGGCAGUAUCUUUGCACUGCCUAUCUCAAAGUACUUCGUCGUCAUGGUCAGAUUCCUGUCGCACAGGAAACCGCAAUCUUCAGUGGCAUCAACCAUGAGGACUUCCUUAGGCGCAAGGAUCAUCUAGAGAAAUGGUGUCAAGAGCCUGCAAACGCUAACAAUCCUGUGCUGGAAACCAUGCAAGAGGUUAUCGAACUCAAGAGGAUCAAUGGAGGUCUGAUGAAGGCGGCAUCCAUCGAUGACCUAAUUGGUGAUGCUUAUGCUUAUCUUUACGACACUGUCGGACGCAGGCUCUGGACUAUGGCAGAAGCCAAAGAUGAGGCUAUCAGGCAGGAGACAAUUGCAAAAGAACAAGCCGCUACUCCCUCUGUGGAACGCAAUCCCAUGAUGAAUUUAUCGCACCUCAUGAACGUGGACGGCGGACACGACGUAGCUGUAAAGAUGCCUGGUCUUUCUGCCGCCGUUUCGGUGCCAGAUGGAACUGCGACACCACCUACGGGAGAUCAAGCACCAGCUUCACGCCGCAAGAUUGGUGUGGGCAGACGCGAAGUUCGUCUGUGUGCUGAUGCCUGUAUUGCCAAGAUCGGCGCGGGUCCCUCCACACCAGCAGGCAAUGAACCUCCUCGACCCCGUCAAGAAGUCUCAGUCGUGAUAGAAACACGACGUCCUUCUUCUAAACUGGCUGAACAAAAGGGCACCGACACGGCCGAAGGCAGUGUCGCAGGUAGUAUCCACGACUCCGCCGAUGACGAGAGCGAUAGCGAGCUCAGCGAUGUCGAUGAGAAUGUUGUCAACUCACACGGCCUGGCUCUGCUCGAGGCUCGUCGCCUUGGAAAGUCUCCCCCAGUAUUGUCUCCGUUAUUCCCAAAUCUCCUUUCUCGCUUCUCUAGCGUCAAGGACAGCGAUAUGAUCACUGACACCGAGGAAGAACAUGAGGAUGGCGUCGAGGGUGCUGAGGAAGUCGAGGAUUAUGGCGAAGAGGGCGAAGAGGGCGACGAGGAAGAAGUCGAAGACGAGGACGGUGAAGAGGGUGAACCCGAAGCCGACACCAAAGCCCAUCUCGAAGAAGGGGAACCCGAAGCAGAAGAAGCAGAGGAUGUGGAUAUGGAAGACGAAGACGAGGAGCCAGACUCACCACCCUCAGCCGUUAUGGAAGCGCGCAUGGCCUAG